AUGUCUAAUGAAGUAGAAACGACUAAUAUCAACAACCAGCCUGAGCAGCAGGCAGUACCAAAAGCACCUGCCUCAAAGAAGGAAAAAAAGAAGGGUUCAGAAAAAACAGAUGAAUUUCUUUUGGCCAGAUUCAAAGGGGAUGGUGUAAGAUACAAAGCCAAGCUGAUUGGCAUUGAUGAUGUUCCAGAAGCAAGAGGAGACCAAAUGAGCCAAGAUUCAAUGAUGAAGCUGAAGGGAAUGGCAGUAGCUGCCCGCUCCCAGGGACAGCACAAACAGAAGAUCUGGGUGAACAUCUCCCUUUCCGGUAUCAAGAUAAUUGAUGAGAAAACUGGGGUCAUAGAACAUGAGCAUCCAGUAAACAAAAUCUCCUUUAUUGCUCGGGAUGUGACUGACAACCGUGCAUUUGGAUAUGUUUGCGGAGGAGAAGGACAACAUCAGUUUUUUGCCAUAAAAACAGCACAACAGGCUGAACCUCUAGUAGUUGAUCUCAAGGACCUCUUCCAAGUAAUUUAUAACAUCAAGAAAAAGGAGGAAGAGGAUAAGAAAAAGAAUGAAGAAGCCAAUAAGACAGUUGAGAAUGGUAGCGAUGCAUUGACUGAUCAAGUUGACAAAAUAAAACUGGGUGUUGACCAGAUGGAUUUGUUUGGCGAUAUGUCCACGCCGCCUGACCUGAACAGUCCUACAGAGAGUAAAGAUAUCCUGUUAGUGGAUCUAAACUCUGAAAUCAAGAACAAUCAGACUUGUGUAAAAGAGAGUCCCUUCUUGAAUGGCAUCACUUCCUCUCUUCCACGACCAAAGUCACAGACACCUUUCUUGCCUGAAAGUUCUCUCACUACCAAUCUCAGCUUCUUUCCCAUUCCCAAUCCAGAUCCUUUCAGUGAUGAUCCUUUCACACAACCAGACCAAUCUGCACAACCUUCAUUUGAUUCUUUAAAAUCUCCACUUCAGAAGAAGGAAAGCCUGAGCUUCUUGGGUAAUGGUGCUGUAAAUGGUGAUAUUGACUACUUUGGUAAAGCAUUUGACCAGAUUUCUAAUAGAACUGGCAAACAGGAAAUACAGACAAGCCAGUGGCCUCUUGAGAGUAAGCCAAUGCAGCUAGCAGCAAGGACCCAAAAUGGGGUACCAGAAAGAGAACAGAAUGGUUUUCUGACCAAAUCCUCAUCAAACCUAUUUGCGGAAAGCCCUUCCAAAGGAUUAUCUCUGCAAAAUGGAGUAAAGCUGGACUCUGAAAGCAAUGUCCAGCUCAUGUCACAUGACUCCAUAACAAUUAGCCCACCUCCACAAAGUACCAAGCCAGGAAGAGGAAGGAGGACUGUUCAGACUGCAGCAAACGAUUUGUUUGGCUCAGACCUUUUUGCAUCUACUGCUACGGAGGCCCCAGGCCUGACUUCUCCUGCAGCACAACCUGCACUGGUGCAAACCAGCCCGCUGGACCUCUUCCGAACCAGUCCUACCAUAGCACCCAUGGCUGGUCUAGGUGGCUUGCCAGCAACAGCUCCAACACCAUGGAGUCAACAGUCCUCAGUUUUCAAUCCUGCCACAUCUGUAUUUCCUGGAUCCAUUAUGGGUGCUCAACCUACAGGCUUUACUCAACCACUUGCCUUCAGUGCCCCUCAAGCAGUCUCAGGGUGGAGUCAGCCUGCAUCAUUUGGAGCCCCAUCUCAAUCUCCUGGUCUCUGGGGUCAGCCAGCACAUGUCUCUCCUACUGCUUGGGCACAACCAUCCACCAUUGGAAAUCCUUUCCAGACCAGCAUGUUUCCAUCUACUACACAGCCCCCUGCUAUGUUGUCUUCUGUCUCCGCGACGAGCCCUCCUCAGCCACCACCCAGAACUGCACCUCAGAAGGAGCCAUCUAAGAAGGAAAGCGAUGCCUUCACUGCAUUAGACCCACUUGGAGAUAAAGAGAAAAAGGAUGUAAAAGAAAUGUUUAAAGACUUCCAGCUGACCAAGCCACCUGCAGUACCAGCAAGGAAGGGAGAACAGCAGCAAAGUCUGCUUGGUGCUUCUGGAGCUUUCACUAGUUACUUUAAUAGCAAAGUGGGCAUUCUUCAAGACAACGCUGAUCAUGAUGACUUGGCAGCUAACCAAUUGUCUACUAAAAUCAGUGAACCACCAAAGCCUGCUCCCAGACAAAGCACUCUGCCAGCUUCCAAGCCUGAUGCCCUGUUUGAAAACCCCUUUCAAACCGAUCCUUUCAGCACCUCCUCACAACCCUCUACUGUGUCUCAGCCAUCGCCAUCUUCUGACCUCUUUGGUGAUCCUUUUGGAAAUCCAUUUGCAUAA